GGUUCUACGCCUAGACAGACGCCGAUUGGUCGCUGCCGGCUGUCUCCGGAAGUAUCGUUCUCUUCCUCUUCCUCAUAUCCACCGUUGUUUAUAACACUUGCGAUGUUAAAAUAGCAGGUUUUGUACAAUUAAACACUUAAGGCAGACCGUAUUAGGUCCGUUUUCAUUAUUGUGUUAUACUCCUAAUUAUCGGUUGGAUUUUACACCGUGGACGAAAACUCGAAAUGUGCAACGGUUGUGUGCAGAAGGAAUACCCUGACAGGGGGAACACGUGUCUGGAGAAUGGCUCCUUCCUGAUGAAUUAUCUCGGCUGUGUGAACUGCCACCAGAGGGACUUCGUGUUAAUCAGUAACAAGACCAUGGAAGACGAGGAUGGAGAGGAGAUUGUAACAUAUGACCAUGUUUGCAAAAACUGUGAGCACGUUGUCGCCAGACAUGAAUACACGUUCUCCGUGGUGGACGAAUAUCAAGAAUACACAAUGUUGUGCAUGCUAUGUGGAAAGGCAGAGGACUCCAUCAGCGUGCUUCCAGACGACCCCCGGCAGUCUGCCCCUCUCUUCUAGCCCUCCGAGAUAAGCCAGCUGUUCAGCCUGCAUAUUGGACAUUGAUAACUAAGAAUCAUCGUCCAAUGUGGUUUACCGGUCUCUGCCACACCCAUCACGUUCUUCUGUCCUUACUGUCAAAAUAUAAUUAAAUGUUUUCAGUGUGCCGUAAGUUUGGCUGACUCCAUGGCUUAUUAUAGCCAUAUUGUUCCAUUUUUUUUAAUGACCUUUCAUUUGAAACAAACUGAAGAUAGUAUGGUGAUCUUGAUAAAUGUAAAGAAAAAUUGUAAGACAUUCUAUAAAUCUCUAUUUUAACCAUAGACUUUUUUUUUUGCUCAAAGGAAUGCACAUUUUUGCUGAAAGGUUUAACUAUGACGGCGAGUGACAUAUGCUGAUUGAAAAGUGUUUCAUGUGCAUUUCUUAAUACUGAUGACCGAAUAUAGCAGCCCCACAUCUGUGAGCCUAUUUAACAAUGGAUCUAUGAAUGGUGGCUUAUUCUUCUUACCUCUUCAGGUAAACAUACAACUGUGAUUUAUUUGCAUAUUGGACCUCUUGCAAUGCAACAAACAGUGCUCAGAGAAGAUAUAACCAGUUAUUUACCAGCUUAAUAAACAUGAUUUUAUACACCCUUA